CCCAGUCUUGUUCGUGACCGCAGCGCUGAAACGCGUAUCGAUAACUUCGUAUUAUUAUUUCGUAUUAAAUGACGUUUUUGUUCGCUCGUUCCACACAAACUGCGCAGUGUGCAACAGCUCGGAAUAGAAGAAUCAUAUUGUUCUAUUAUAUAUUGUAAAUUAUACAUUCUGGUACAAUCAGCUGAUAUAAAGGACAUCAAAAAAUCCGACUCGAAAUUGAAAUUUUAAUUCAGUCAUGCUGAGAUAGCGCGCGCAGAUGGACGUCACGAACGGUCCGUCGUUGCGUUUACGCGGCGGUGUAACAAAUUGUGAAAAUAAAAAACAUGAUUUAAAUUUGUGUACAAGUGUUAUGCCGGCUGAGACCCAACGACUCCUGCCACCAACUUCGGAGACGAUUAUGACAAAACCGUUUCCAAUUCGAGGAGAAAGAGCAAACUAUGUAAACAUUCCACAUGUUAUUGCAAUGGUUGGCCUGCCAGCUCGGGGCAAGACAUACAUAUCUAAAAAGCUGUCAAGAUAUCUUAAUUGGAUAGGAAUUAAUACUAGGGUAUUUAAUCUUGGAGAGUACAGACGUCAUGCUACAACUGCAUACACAAGCCAUGAGUUUUUCAGAGCUGAUAAUAAAGAGGCCAUGGCAAUACGGCAGCAAUGUGCGCUGGACGCAUUGCAUGAUGUUUGUGAGUGGCUGGUUAAAGGUGGAGAGGUUGCUGUGUUUGAUGCCACAAACUCAACAAUGGAGCGACGGCGAAUGAUCCGAGAAAUUGUUGUUCACAAAAUGGGCUUCAAACUGUUCUUUGUAGAAUCCAUUUGUGAUGAUCCACGGAUUAUAGAACAAAAUAUUAUGGAAGUAAAAGUAAGCAGUCCAGACUACACAAACAUACAAGACACAGACAAUGUUCUAGAUGACUUUUUACUAAGGAUAGAGCAUUAUAAAGAAAAGUAUGAGCCGUUGGACGAAAGCCUUGAAUCGGAAUGCAGCUUCAUGAAAAUAUAUGACACAGGAGAAAAAGUAGUUGUACAUAAACACGAAGGACAUAUACAAAGUCGGAUUGUAUAUUACUUGAUGAAUAUACAUAUAGUACCGCGGACUAUUUAUUUAACGAGGCAUGGUGAAAGUCUGCACAACUUAGUGGGUCGUAUAGGAGGUGACAGCGAGUUGUCAACGCGAGGAAAACAAUACGCUAGUGCACUAGCCACUUACAUAGACCAGCAAAAUAUCCCCGGUCUACGCGUUUGGACAUCCUGGAUGAAGAGAGCCAUACAAACAGUGAAGGAUGUCCGAGCACCACAGGAAAGGUGGAAGGCCCUGAAUGAGAUUGAUGCUGGGAUAUGCGAAGAAAUGACCUAUGCGGAGAUACAACAGAAGUACCCGUCAGACUUUAAUUCCCGGGAUGCGAACAAGUUCGCCUACCGGUACCCUCGAGGGGAGAGCUACGAAGACCUAGUGGCACGACUGGAGCCGGUCAUCAUGGAGCUGGAGAGGCAAGGGAAUGUACUAGUGGUGUCCCACCAGGCCGUCAUGAGGUGCCUUUUGGCUUACUUCCUGGAUAAGUCUGCUGAUGAGCUCCCAUAUCUUCAUGUGCCAUUGCACACAGUGAUAAAACUGACUCCGGUAGCGUACGGUUGUCGGGAAGAACAUAUUAAAUUGUCCGUCGAUGCCGUAGACACACAUCGGCCGAAACCAUCUGAAAAAGAAGAUACGAGCGGCAAUGGAAAAGUGAUACCUGCUCCGCCCAUUAAGUCGCUAGUUCCAUCUCUACUCAACGGUGAAGCAAAUGGAGAUAACAAAGAGGAUCAACACUAGAUGGCGUGCUAAUUUGAAAAACAUUAUACCUAUAUUAUCAAGGACAUAAUAUACAAUUUUUGCUGUGCACUUUUUAAUUAUGUGAAAUACAAAUUCGUAUAGGAAAUUGUACUUUGAUUUAGCGAUUCGACGGGUAAGUUGCAGAAACGAGGUUCCGUUAGUCUGACAUCUGUCAAAAAUGUUUUGGAUUUUGACAUACGGGAGUCUUAGUUCUUGCUCAAUCUAGUUUCUGAAUCUCCCCCAUUGCUAGGUAAAUAAACAAAAAACAUUUUAGGUACAAACCCAAUAUACAGGAACCAAUUUUUUUAAACAACUUGAGAAUAAAAUACUGUAACUAAUGUAGGUAGCAACUUUUACCUUAACUUUUAAUAAAAGCGGAUAUACUUCCAAAUCUGUUAGCGGUUGAACCGCAUAUAAUUUGAAUAUAUCGAGUUGAAUCAAUGUAAUCUAAAUUAUUUUAAACAAUGAUAUCUAUUAUAAAUGCCAUUUUCUUUUUAAAAAUAGGUUUCUUUGAGUAAGAUUAACAUUUCCAGCAUUAGGGUACUCAUUCCAGAAGGUGCUAAAAAUUCACGCAAUUUAGAACAUUUUGUUCUUUUUUUGCAAAAAUCCUUGGUAUGUACAGAAUAAAGCUCAUUAACAGCUUUAAAUUUGCGCUGAAAGACAAAUUGUUUCUAGCCUUGACUAACAAAUGUACUUUUGGAAGACCUUUGGCUUGUGUAAGACCUUUGAUAUGACAUCCACCAUAGAUAAUACUUAUAUAUAAGCCGAUGUUGAAUAUAUGGUGUUGCCAUGAUAUUAAAUAUAUAAUGUUUUUAUGUCACAAUCAUUUUAGCCUCAAUUGUUUAUUACUGCAAUUACUUUUUUAAAAUAACCAAGCUAUUGUACAAUGUUUUGGUAAAUUAAAUUAAAAUUAAAACCUUUUUAUUUCACUAUUAAAUUUGUAUUGUCUCUGGUAUUCAGGUCUAUAGAAUGAAGAAUGAGACUGAUGUUAAGUGAGUGUAUUCUUAAGUCAUGUAUAAUAUUAUACCGUGAUAAAAAUAAAACAUGAAAUUUAAUUUCAUACUGCUUAUUGUAAUGAAUAAAGCGCGGAGUCACUAGAUAUCAAAACUAGGCAAAAUUUUAGUUGUAUUCAAUAUAGAAACAACACCAUCUGUGAUUUUAAUGAAGAACUCUGCUAUACAAAUAAGUUUCUAUUUGGUUUUUGGUUGACUUUAUUUAAUUUAUAGAAUAAUUAAGAUUACUUUGUAAUGAAAUUUGGUAUGAAAUACCAAUUAGAUAUUGUUUUACAAUUCCAAAGAUUUCGUAAUCGUUUGGAUUUCUGAUUUUAAAAGUUUGAUUUCUUUGUAUAUAGUGACUCCACCGUUGUAUAUUUUUAUAAAAAUCUCACUUGUCUAUACUUCUGUAACCAUUUUGUUUAUAUUAUUUAAAUAAGGGGUUUUUACAAACUGGCUAUACGUUAAUUGUAAAAUAAUUAUAGU